AGGUGUGCUCACGUACAGACAAGUCUCUGCCUGUAAGGGUCGUCCACGGCCGCCAGCAGCGGUUUGAACCCUCCUACCCGCAGGAAGGUGGGCUGGCGCUGGCUUAUAUGCGGAAGUUCGAGUUCCGCUUGGUAAAGUUCUUGGAAACUGAGACCCGACACACCGGAGUCAGGCUCCGGAAUCGCAGCGCUAAACCCGGCUACACAAGGCAAGGUGCAUCAUGAGCAGCAGCUACAGCGUCUCUCUGGCUGGACCCGCCCCAUGGGGCUUCAGACUGCAAGGAGGCAAGGACUUCUGUCAGCCCCUCACCAUCUCUCGGCUGACUGAUGGAGGAAAGGCAGUCAAGGCUGGAAUUAGCAUCGGAGACAUCAUCCUUUCUAUCAGUGGGAUUUCCACUGAAGGCAUGAAUCACCUUGAGGCUCAGAACAAGAUUAAAGCCUGCACAGGUCACCUGAGCCUCACCCUGCAGAGACCCUCUGCUGUCUCAAAGGUUGACGUCCAUAAGGAACAGCCUCAAGAGAUCAUAAAGCCUGUCCCAAUCACACACCCCGCGCCCAGCACUGCACACACCCAGCCAGUAAAUCAGCCCAGUCCUGCAUACAACAAGACUGCUCGGCCAUUUGGGGGGUGCAGCAGCAGCAAUAACAACGCGGUCACAGCUUCGUCCUCCCCUGCUGCUCCCAAAGUUGCCUGUAUUCCUUCUGAGUCAUCAGCUUUCACCCCAGCUGCCCCCUCUCAACCACCACAGCCUCCGUUCCUGCUGAGGUCGAGCCUUCCUGCCCAGAGCUCUGCUCCUGUAAAUUCAGCUCCCAAAAUCAGUCCCAGCCACUCCGCCUUCACCACCCCGUCUGCCUCCUCCACCUCGUCUAACUCCUCCUCUACUUCAGCCAAAGUGUCCAACCCCCCCUCCCAUCCUAAUGUCCCACAGCCCUCCGUCUAUAACACUCCCAUCAACCUGUAUUCAAACACCAAUGCUUGUGAAGUAGCUAUGGGGCAGAGGAGAGGCCUUUUGGAAAGCCAGGGACUUUCAGAGCAUGUUAAUGGGAAACCUCCAUUGGAGCCUCAGAGUAACGUGUCUCCUCUGAGCGAUGCCAGCAAGAAGCGUCUGAUCGAGGACACGGAGGACUGGCACCCUCGAACCGGCACCUCCCAGUCCCGCUCAUUCCGCAUCCUCGCCCAGAUGACAGGAACUGAAAAGGAACAAACACCAGAGAACAGUGAAAAGAAGGAGGAUGUUGACAGAACCACUCCUGCCGUGCACACAUCGCUCGCAGCAAAAACGUUUUCCAAGUCUGCAGCAGCACCCAAGAAUGGAAAUGUUGUUCCUGCUUCAACGUACAAGAGUCCUGCCGCCCAGAGCAAAUCCUCAUUCCAACCCGGACCGCAGCCAGCUUCAGGUGUUCCUAAGGUGGCAGCAGGGCCUUCGUUUGGGAAGGUUGUAAAUGCCCCUCCUAAAGGACGGGAUCGUCCCACUCCACAGCCUCAUCCAGAGGACCUGAACUCUCUGGUGCAGCGUGCUGAGCACAUCCCUGCUGGGACCCGCACCCCAAUGUGCUGCAAGUGCAACAAAGUCAUCAGAGGCCCGUUCCUCGUGGCCAUGGGCAUGUCGUGGCACCCCGAGGAAUUCAACUGUGAUCACUGCCACUCCUCCCUGGCAGAACGUGGAUUUGUAGAAGAGAAGAACCAGGUGUACUGUGUGUGCUGCUAUGAGCAGUUCUUUGCUCCGACCUGCGCCAGCUGCCACCAGAAGAUUCUCGGGGAAAUCAUGAACGCCCUGAAACAGACCUGGCAUGUGUCCUGUUUUGUCUGCGCUGCCUGCCACCAGCCAAUCAGAGGGAGUAUGUUCCACAUGGAGGACGGGCAGCCAUACUGUGAAAGAGACUACUAUAACCUAUUCGGGACCAAUUGCCACGGCUGCGACUUCCCCAUCGAGGCAGGAGACAAGUUCCUGGAAGCUCUGGGAUUCACCUGGCAUGACACCUGUUUCGUGUGUGCGGUCUGCUCCACCAGUCUGGAGGGACAGGCUUUCUUCUCUAAAAAGGACAAGCCUUUGUGCAAGAAACAUGCCCACACCGUCAACCUCUAAUGACAAUAAUACAAUAGGACCACAACGCCAGUGUGCAGGAAUUUAUUGGAUGUAAUAUAUUUUCAGAGCUACAAUUAUCUGGUUUAUCAGUUGAUGCAUACUGAUAGAAUAACAACUGAUCAAUUUAGCCAAUUUAAGCUUUUAUUUUGUUCAAACCUCUCGUCUGUUUGCUGUUCUUUUUUUCUAAGUCAUUAUUUUGCUCGUUAUCUCAGUUUGAGUACAUUUGGGUGCACGGCUAGUGCUUCUGCAAGUAGAUUUCAGUAGACAUUAGGGGCUUUUAGAGGUUUGUCCCGUUCCUUCAUCAGAACUGGGAAGCUCACUGCAGUGACCUACUGAACCACCGGGGUGGUGGGGGUUGUAAAUGCUCUCAUUAAUGAAACCAGUGGAAGAUUUAGACUUCAGGAAUAUUUAACAAUGAGGAAAUCAUAUUUAUUUGUAUGCAAGGAACACAAUCUAGUAACAAAAUGUCAUGAAUAGUAUUGUAUUUCAAUUGUUCUAAAGUUGUAUUUGUUAGACGACCACAGUAGUUAACGUGUAAUAGAAAUGUAUUUGAAAAUGUUCAAAAAUGACAAAACACAUCAAGUAUUGACACACAGUUUAGUUUGUUUUUCAUAUCAGCUUGUAAAAGCAUUUUAAGCUAGCUCUUGGUAUUGGUGUCUUGUUUUUUUUUCAAAUAUGAAACAAUUUUCCCACUGAGAACAUUAAACACUUGUACUUACACUGACUAUGCCAUGAUCUUCUCAUCAGGGCUUUUGUGCUUUUGUAAUUAUGGUGGAAUUUGCUCAAUAAAUAUAAAGCAGUUUUAAUAAAGUGAA